CAUUACAGACAGUAAAUUCGGUGUUCUGGAUAGUUUUAGAGAAAAUAACCAUUUGAGCAGACUUUUUCUCUUUUUAAGGAGCCAAACCGUUCAUCUGAGCGACUCCCAGUCGGGAUAAGGCAACAGCAACCUCCGAGGUCCAGGUCCUCCGGGGAUCCCAGGGGUUCCGGAGACGCGCGUGCGGGCUCCUCCCCGCCCCCAACGCUGCAGCUGCACGGAGUUUCCGGGAAGGCGGGGCGCUUUGGUCUGGUGGCGCUGCGCUCAGGGGUCCGAGGUAGGGAAUCAUGGCAGCUGACGAAAACAAUGAAAAACAAGUUUUUAAGGAGGAUUGGCUAGAUGAAGACUUAAUGGAAGAUAAACAAACUAAGAAAUUACUUGAUGACAUGUUAAAGGAAAAUAUCGACUUAAAGGUGCAGAUCCAAAAGCUUAAAGAGGAGUUACAGGAGAUCACCGGGCAUGCUCAGAUUAAAGAGGACAUUCCGGAAACAAAGAUGAAAUUCACAUCUUUAGAGAAUCCUGAGAACGAGAGCCAGUUUUUAAAUAUCUCCUGUUCAUUUCAAGUGAGCUCGCCAGUUCCUUACGAGCUACAAAAGGGAGAAGCGCUUAUCACCUUUGAAGAAGAAGAAGUUGCCCAAAAUGUGAUCAGAAUGAGGAAACACCAUGUGCACAUAAAGGACAUAGCCGUGGAGGUCAUGGCCACACCAGUUUCCUUAAAAUCAGGCGUCAGAUUCCAGGUUCAUGUAGAAGUGUCUAAAGUGAAGAUCACCGUUACUGAAAUUCCUGAUGAGUUGCCUGCAGACCUGAUGAGAGACAAGCUAGAACUGAGCUUUUGUAAGUCCCGAAAUGGAGGCGGAGAAGUGGAGUGCGUGGAGUACGACGAGCAGGCCGGAAGUGCUGUCAUCACAUUUGUGGAAAGUGGAGUUGCUGAGAGGAUUUUGAAAAACAAAGACUUUCCUCUUUAUAUAAAUCAAGACUGCCAUAGGGUUGCUGUUUCUCCGUACAUGGAAACACACCUGAAAAAGUUCCAGGUAUUUUCAGGAAUAUCUAAGAGGACGGUGCUUCUGACUGGCAUGGGAGACCUUGACAUGAUGGAUGAGGAGACCGUAGAGGAUUUAAUUGGCAUUCACUUCCAGCGGGAGAAGAACGGAGGUGGAGAAGUAGACGCGAUCAAAUGUUCUCUCCAUCAACCUUACAUAGCAUACUUUCAAGAAUAGGCUUAUGGAGUCAUGACAACUAGGGCUUCUGAGCCCAAAUUACCAUCAGCAUUAGGGAAAAAUGAGUUUCUUUCUCCUUUAAAAAAAAUGGAAGCUUUAAUUCUUAGUGUCCAUAUAUUCUUGGAGACAAAUAUAUUUUCAUGCUUCUGAUUGUU